AUGUUCUCCAAGCUCAUCACUUUCGCGUCCAUCCUUGCCUUCGCCUUUGCUGCGCCCACCCCCGGCGGCUCCCCUAUCCCUGCCUCCCAGUGCAACACUGGCGCCCUGCAGUGCUGCCAAACUUAUCAGAAGGCGGGCACCCCCGGCGCCACCGAGAUCGCUGGCAUCCUAGGCAUCGCUGCGGAUCUGUUGAACUCUGACUUCGCGAUGGACUGCUCGCCGCUGACUGGCGGCGGCAUCGGUUCCGGUGCUACUUGUGCUGCUGUACCUGUUUGCUGCAGUGAUACCUCCACUCCGCCUCUGCUGGAUGUGUUCCCGUCACUCUCAUCGGAUGAAGUGCCUUCACUGCCCGUCAGUACAAUAUCCGGUUCAUCGCUCUACUAA